AUGAAACGUAUACAACGUUUAGGUAGUGUUUCAUUUGUAACAGUAUUACUAAGUUUAGUAUUUCAUCUUCUUGCAAUGUCAAAUGAUGAAUGGAAAACUAUAACAUGCCAUGGAUGUGGUAAUACAACUGAUCUUCAAGAUAUACUCGGAUCAUGGACUGUAGCAUUAACUGAACGUUGUUAUUCAACAUCAGUAGUAGGAAUAUUUGCACCAAAUGGUGGUUAUACUGGUUUAACUGCAAGUGGAUUUCGAGCACAAGUUUGUGUUGAAAAUCAAUAUCUUAUGGUUAAAGAUAUACGAAAUGCAUCUUAUUGUCUUCGGUAUAAUGAAGGUUUUAGUGAUGUAGCUUGUACGCUGACAGAGUAUAAUACAAAGGCUUGUAAAUGCGAUUAUUCAACUCGAAUAAAAUUAAUCUUAGCUAUGACUAUUUUAACAUCAUUAUCACUUGGAAUCUUAAUAUUUAUAUCACAUUUAGUAGCAUUUGUCAAAAUUGAUUAUGUUUUAGAAUGGUUAAUUCCAACUUGUUAUAGUCUUUUAUUCUUUGCUAUAUUAUGUAUAUUUAUAACUUUAUUUACUGCUGGUACAGGAUUAGAUGACGAAAUUAAUCAACUUCGUUAUAGUCAGUCACUUUUUGAAGUUGCUUAUUUUAAUGAUUCAUCAGCUACUGCUCAUAUGAAUGCUUAUAAGAAGACUUUAACACGUACAUAUUCAGUAAAACUUGGAUGGUGUUUUGGAAUGGAAGUUAUGGCACUUUACUUUUCAAUUGUUUCAGCAGUUCUUUAUUUACUUAUGUAUCUUGUCAAACAACAUCCUAAUGCAAUUAAGGCAAUUAAAUAA